AUGCCAUUUGGAGUGACCAAUGCUUCAGCUGUCUUCAUGGAUUAUAUGAACCAAAUUUUCUGCCCUUAUUUGGACAAGUUUAUGGUGGUGUUUAUAGAUGAUAUUCUCAUAUACUCUCAGAAUAAGGAGGAGCAUGCAGGUCAUUUGAGGGUUGUACUAGAAGUGCUUAGAGAACAUCAGCUCUACGAUAAACUGUCCAAAUGUGAAUUCUGGUUAGGAGAGGUACAAUUUCUGGGGCAUGUUAUCUCUUCCCAGGGUAUUGCAGUAGACCCGAGUAAGAUUGAGACAGUUCUGAAGUGGGAGAGACCUCAGACAGUAACAGAAGUCAGAAGCUUUUUGGGGCUAGCAGGGUACUAUAGAAGGUAUUUAGAGGGGUUCUCUAAAAUGGUGAGUCCAUUAACUCAGCUCACUAGAAAAGAUCAACCCUUCUCCUGGACUGAUAAAUGCGAAGAGUGCUUCGGAGAGAUGAAGAGGAGGUUGACCACAACUCCAAUACUUGUUAUUCUAGAUACCAGUAAGAAGUUUGAGAUAUACUGCAAUGCAUCCUACUAG